GAAAAAACGAAAUCAAGGAAGAGAUUCUGCAGCUCUAGUUUGGCACGUUUUUUGGGGGGGGUUCUCAAACCGAGGACAUAGACGGGAAAAUAAACACAAAAUUGGGCACAUUUGAACUGUUUGCUUGCCCUGUAGGAAGUAUAUGAGAGAGCAGUCAUGGAGUCGGCCAUUCAGACUAUAGUUGGUGUCUUCCUGAAGUCAGCCAAGGGGAAGGAGAGUUUGGGAGGGAAUGACUUCCAGAAGCUGGUGAAGAGCCAACUCCACAACAUCAUGAUGGACACGGACAGCUCUGAGGCGGUGAAGAAAAUGCGACAGGGCCUGGACUCCAACCAGGACGGUAAAGUCAACUUCGAGGAGUACAUGGACCUGGUGGGCUACCUGGCAACCUCCCUGAGUGUGCAAUGUACUGCCACCGUGGAGACGCCAGCCGAGAGCGCUGCCACCGCACCGGAGAUCGGGAGUACGCCAGCAGACGUAGAGGAAGAGAAGACAGAAGCGGAGGCACAGCCAGAGGCAGCCACAGCUGUAGAGGAAGAGAAGGUUGAAGUGGUAGAAAAGGUGGAAGAGGCGGAAAAUGUGGAGGAGCCAGCAGGAGCCGGGGAGAAGAUAGAGGAGGCGUCAUAGGAGUUUACUACUGGUCCUGUCCGGACAUUACAAUUACACACCAACACCAAACUGAUAUACACCACACUACCCUAAUACACACUACAGUACACCACCCUUGAAACAGGUGUGCUGCAAUAAUACCACAACAUUACAGUAUAUGUUGGAACCCCACAAUAACACAUUUAUUUUCAUACACACAUACAUACACCCAGUAUUUGGUCCUAAAAUACACUAGUACACACUGCAGCAUACUAUAAACCUCAAUCCAUACUUUCUUGAUAUACAGUAUACUUAGUAUUACUAACAUACAUUACACUAUAAUUACUUACAUUACAGCAGUACAUGCCAUUAUAUGUUGAUAUACUUCCCACUAUAUAGCACACUAUAGCUCAUUAUAUGGAUAUUUAAUACAUUCUGCCAUUGAUUGACAUGUGACAUUUUGACACACCCUCUGAAAUGUUGGCACAUUUCCACACAUGGAGAACUCAAUGACCUUGACAUACACUGACACACAUGCCACUAUGUGUGUCAUUGUAUGAUGCAAUACUAAAUUGAGUUAUAUUUUCAUUCCUUCGCUCUCCCUUUGCAUAUCUACAAUGCAAAACUAUACUACAGUACAUGCAACAAUGUACAGUCAAGUCAGGCCAUCUCAACUCGUUCUUCUGAGAAGGAUGCUUGGCUUAAUGGCUUUGCAUGAUGCAAGUAAGCACAGAUGCAUGGAUGCAUGCCAUAUUCUACACAGCUAAUUCUCUAGUGUUAAAUCAACACUGACAGUGUUACAUUUAACACUGGUCCAUUGUCUAUACGGUCCACACUUGUCAGUGUUGAAUUAACACACUGCUUAGUGUAAAGCCUUAUUUGCAUAUUUCCCAGAGUGCCUUGCCUUUCAAGUGAUGUGCAGAGUUACCACCCAUGACUGUAUUUGUUCCUGACAGAAACAUGGUUGUUGCAUUCAUCAUUUUAAGUCCUGUGGUCUUCACCAAGUGAAGUCCUAAGUGAAUAUGUUCUCAUUAAAAUUUAAUUAUUUAACACAA